AUGGUUGAAAUUGUUCAAGCUGUUGUAGAAGUUGCGAAGUGCUUGGUUGCUCCAAUAGGACGCCAAUUUGGUUAUUUCUGCAACUACAACCGCAAUUUUGAGAGUCUCAAGCGAGAAGUCGAGAAGCUGAUGGAUGCGAAAGAGUCUCUGCAGCAUACUAUUGAUGAUGCCAAAAGAAAAGGAGAAGAGGUUGAACAAGAAGUUGAGGGUUGGCUGAUUAGUGUGGAGAAGAUUAUCGAUGAGGCGCAGAAGAUUAUUGAAGACGGAGAGAAUGCAAAGUACAAGUGCUUGAAGGGAUUGUGCCCUAUCCUGAAGAUCUACCAGCUUAGCAAGAAAGCAGUGAGGGAGGUGAAGUCUAUUUCUGAACUUAGGGAAGAUGGGAAAUUCAAUAAAGUUUCCCACAGGACCAUUCCAGAGGAGCUAUGGUUUACAUCUUGUAAAGAUUAUGAGGUUUUUGAAUCAAGAAUGUCCACUUUGCGGGAUAUAAGAGAGUCAUUAAGUAAUCCUAAUGUUAACAUGAUUGGUGUGUACGGGAUGGGUGGUAUUGGUAAGACAACCCUUGUGAAAGAAAUUGCUAGACAAGCCAAGAAAGAAAACCUCUUUGACCAGGUGGUAUUUGCAGAUGUAUCCCAGACACCGAAAAUAAAUAAGAUUCAAGGGCAAAUUGCAGAUUCUCUCGGUCUGCAAUUCUCUGAGGAGUCUGAGCCUGGAAGAGCAAGGAGACUAUGUGAAAGACUGAGGAAAGAGAAGAAGAUCCUGAUUAUUUUAGAUGAUAUUUGGAGAAGACUUGAUUUGGAGACUAUCGGAAUUCCUUUCGAAGAUGAUCAUAAAGGAUGUAAAAUAUUACUGAUAGCAAGAAGUCAAGAUGUAUUGUCAAGUAAGAUGGAUUCUCUAAAUAACUUCUUGGUUGGUUUUUUAGAUGAAACAGAAGCUUGGAGACUAUUUCAGAAGAUGGUAGGUUGUUAUAUUGAAAAUCAUGAUUUGCAAUCUGUGGCGAUUGAUGUAGCCAAGGCAUGUGCAGGCUUGCCUAUUUGUAUUGUUACAGUAGCAAGGGCAUUGAGAGGAAAGAGUUUAUUUGAAUGGAGGAAUGCAUUGCGACUAAUGACUAGGCCUUCCCCAAGAAACUUCACAGAUUUACCAGAAGCGACUUAUUCAUGUAUAGAGGUAAGUUACAAUUAUUUAGAAAGUGAGGAACUCAGGUCAACCUUUUUGCUAAUAGGAUAUACUUAUAUUUCUGGCUUUCGUGAUUUGCUGAAAUAUGGUAUUGGCUUGGGUCUAUUCCAUGGCAUCAGUACAAUGGAAGAAGCAUGGGAUAGAAUACAUACAUUGGUCCGUAAACUCAAAGCAUCUUGUAUGUUACUUGACGGCUAUGGAAGUCAAGAUUUUUCUAUGCAUGAUGUUGUUGGUGAUGUUGCCAUAUCACUAGCGUCUAGAGACAACCAUGUGUUUACUGUCACAAAUGGGAUUGUUCCAAGAGACUGGCCAGAUAUGGAUACAUUAAAAGAUGCAAUCUCUUUAGUUAUAGCUAAUGAUGAUUUUAGUGAGCUUCCUCAGGGGUUGGUAUGUCCCCAACUUAAACUUCUUGGUGUAUAUACUGGGAAUCAGUUUUUGAAAAUCCCAGAUGAUUCUUUCAUAUGGAUGACAGAACUCAGAGUUUUAAAUUUGACUGGAAUGCAUUUAUUAAGACUCCCUACAUCACUUCAUCUCCUACUAAACCUUCGGACCCUGUGUCUAGAUUUUUGCAGAUUGAGUGACAUAGCUAUUAUUGGAAACCUGAAGAAACUUGAAAUCCUUAGCUUUCUUCAGUCUGAUAUUGAGCAAUUGCCUAGAGAAAUAGGUCAGCUAACUAAGCUAAGGUUGCUAGAUUUGACCAAUUGUUUCAAACUAAAAGUUGUUCCCCCAAAUGUGAUAUCCAGCUUAUCUGCUUUAGAAGAGCUGUAUAUGGGCAAUACCUCAAUCCAGUGGGAGAUCGAAGGACUUGAUGUUGAAAGAAGUAAUGCUAGUCUUUAUGAGUUAAUGCAUUUGUCUAACUUGACUGCUUUAGAAAUACAUAUUAAAGAUGCCGAGAUUUUACCUAAAGGUUUCCUCUCUAAAAAGCUGGAAAGAUACAAAAUAUUCAUUGGAUAUGCCAGCAGGAAUUGGUUUGUAAAGUGCCAAAUUUCAAGAACGUUGAAACUCAAGCUCAAUUCAAGCAUUUGCUGGGAAGAAUUGCAGGGCGUCAAGAAUGUUGAAGACCUACGCAUAGAUGAAUGGCAUGGUGAGAACGUUCUUUAUGCAUUAGACAGAGAGGGUUUUGUAGAAUUGAAGCAUCUCCAUGUUCAAAGCAGUGCCUACUUUCUCUGCAUCAUUGAUUCAAUUGAGCCAGUAUCACGUGAUCCCUUCCCUCUCUUGGAGUCAUUGGUUCUUAACAAUUUGAUUAAUUUAGAGAAGAUAUGUCACAGUCAAUUCACAACACAGUCCUUUUGCAAGUUGAGAAUCAUGAAUGUGAGGAAGUGUGAGAAAUUGAAAAAUAUCUUCUCAUUCUCCGUUGCCGGAUUCCUUCCACAACUUCAAACUAUUAAGGUGAUUAAAUGCGAGAAUAUGGAAGAGAUUUUUUCUAUUGGAAGAGAAGAUGAUAUCAACAAUGAACUGAGUGACAAAAUUGAGUUUGGACAAUUACGUUUCUUGACUCUAAAAGUUCUCCCGCAGUUCAAAAGCUUCUGCUCCAAAGUGAAAACACCUUCCACUUCUCAAAAUGUACACAGGGAAUUUACAACUGGAGCAAUCUCCAGUGAAAUCGUUGUGGAAGACGAGAUAGAUACUCUCACAUCUCUGUUCAAUGAAAAGGUUGUAUUCCCCAACCUGGAGGCCUUGGAAUUAUCUGCAAUUAAUUUUCAAAUGAUCUGGCUCAACCAACUUCCAUCAAUGUCUUACCGUGUCCAAAAUUUGACACGCUUGAUCAUGCAAGAGUGUGAUAAGCUAAGAUAUAUAUUUUCAUCUUCUAUGGUUGGAAACUUUGUUCUGCUUCAACACCUUGAGAUAUGCCACUGUAAGGUUUUGGAGGAGAUUGUUAUGAAGGAAGAAGCAGAAGUAGCUGAUAGGUUUGUCUUUCCGCGGCUAUCCACCCUGAAACUCUGUGACCUACCAAAGCUUACAACUUUCUACUCUGGAAUAGAAAUUUCAGAAUGGCCAGAGUUAAAGAAGAUUGAGGUGUAUGGUUGCGACAAAGUAGUGAUAUUCACCUCGGAGUUGUUUAGCUUCCAGGAACCUGAUGAGGAGGGCCAACUUGAAGUCCCACCAAAGCAGCCCCUUUUUGUGGUCGAAAAGGUCUUCCCCAACUUGGAGGAAUUGGCUUUAAACAGUAAGGACAUUGUGAUGAUAAGCCAGUUACCGGAACAUCUCUUUCUCAAACUCAAAGUAGUUGAGGUGGUGGAUGAUGAAUCAUAUGUUUUUCCACUUAGUUUACUCCAAAGAUUUAAUAAUUUGGAAGUGUUCAGCCUAAAUUGUUGUUCAUACACAGAGAUAUUAUCAUGUGAAGAGGCUGGGAACAUCGCACAGUUGAAAUAUUUAAACAUACAGGAGUGUGACAAUUUGCUCAAUUUAGAGCCUUUCCCAACUUCUUUCCAAAAUCUAACAACUCUCCAAGUACGUUUUUGCUGUGGAUUAAUGAACUUGGUAACAUCCUCAACAGCCAAGAGCUUGGUGCAACUGAAAGAAAUGAAUAUUUAUGACUGCGGUAUGGAAGAAAUAGUAGUAGAUGACGGGGAUGUAGAAGAUGAUGAGAUUGUUUUCAGAAAAUUGAAGAGGUUGUCACUUGGACGAUUAUAUAAUCUCACUAGCUUCAGCUCUAGCAAUCACACCUUCAAAUUCUCAUCUCUGAAGUAUGUAACUGUGACAAAUUGCCCCAACAUGGAGACUUUCACUAAAAGAGUUAUAAGCACACCAAAAUUACAGAUAUUUGAGCUAGACAAGACUGUCUAUUGGGACGUUGACCUCAACGCAACCAUACAACAAUUACAUGAAAAAAUGGCUGAAGAUUUUGCUGAAGAUUUUGAGAUCUGGCCUGAAGAGGAGUCUGAUACAUCAAUGUCUGAGGUGGGCGAUGAGGAGGAAGAUGAAGAGGGCAGCUCCGAGUGCCAAAUUUCAAGAACGUUGAAACUCAAGCUCAAUUCAAGCAUUUGCUGGGAGGAAUUGCAGGGCGUCAAGAAUGUUGAAGACCUACGCAUAGAUGAAUGGCAUGGUGAGAAUGUUCUUUAUGCAUUCGACAGAGAGGGUUUUGUAGAAUUGAAGCAUCUCCAUGUUCAAAAUAGUGCCUACUUUCUCUGCAUCAUUGAUUCAAUUGAGCCAGUAUCAUGCGGUCCCUUCCCUCUCUUGGAGUCAUUGGUUCUUAACAAUUUGAUUAAUUUAGAGAAGAUAUGUCACAGUCAAUUCACAACACAGUCCUUUUGCAAGUUGAGAAUCAUGAAUGUGAGGAAGUGUGAGAAAUUGAAAAAUAUCUUCUCAUUCUCCGUUGCCAGAUUCCUUCCACAACUUCAAACUAUUAAGGUGAUUAAAUGCGAGAAUAUGGAAGAGAUUUUUUCUAUUGGAAGAGAAGAUGAUAUCAACAAUGAACUGACUGACAAAAUUGAGUUUGGACAAUUACGUUUCUUGACUCUAAAAGUUCUCCCACAGUUCAAAAGCUUCUGCUCCAAAGUGAAAACACCUUCCACUUCUCAAAAUGUACACAGGGAAUUUACAACUGGAGCAAUCUCCAGUGAAAUCGUUGUGGAAGACGAGAUAGAUACUCUCACAUCUCUGUUCAAUGAAAAGGUUGUAUUCCCCAACCUUGAGGCCUUGGAAUUAUCUGCAAUUAAUUUUCAAAUGAUCUGGCUCAACCAACUUCCAUCAAUGUCUUACCAAGUAGCUGAUAGGUUUGUCUUUCCGCGGCUAACCUCCCUGAAACUCUGUGACCUACCAAAGCUUACAACUUUCUACUCUGGAAUAGAAAUUUCAGAAUGGCCAGAGUUAAAGAAGAUUGAGGUGUAUGGUUGCGACAAAGUAGUGAUAUUCACCUCGGAGUUGUUUAGCUUCCAGGAACCUGAUGAGGAGGGCCAACUUGAAGUCCCACCAAAGCAGCCCCUUUUUGUGGUCGAAAAGGUCUUCCCCAACUUGGAGGAAUUGGCUUUAAACAGUAAGGACAUUGUGAUGAUAAGCCAGUUACCGGAACAUCUCUUUCUCAAACUCAAAGUAGUUGAGGUGGUGGAUGAUGAAUCAUAUGUUUUUCCACUUAGUUUACUCCAAAGAUUUAAUAAUUUGGAAGUGUUCAGCCUAAAUUGUUGUUCAUACACAGAGAUAUUAUCAUGUGAAGAGGCUGGGAACAUCGCACAGUUGAAAUAUUUAAACAUACAGGAGUGUGACAAUUUGCUCAAUUUAGAGCCUUUCCCAACUUCUUUCCAAAAUCUAACAACUCUCCAAGUACGUUUUUGCUGUGGAUUAAUGAACUUGGUAACAUCCUCAACAGCCAAGGGCUUGGUGCAACUGAAAGAAAUGAAUAUUUAUGACUGCGAUAUUGAAGAAAUAGUAGUAGAUGACGGGGAUGUAGAAGAUGAUGAGAUUGUUUUCAGAAAAUUGAAGAGGUUGUCACUUGGACGAUUAUAUAAUCUCACUAGCUUCAGCUCUAGCAAUCACACCUUCAAAUUCUCAUCUCUGAAGUAUGUAACUGUGACAAAUUGCCCCAACAUGGAGACUUUCACUAAAAGAGUUAUAAGCACACCAAAAUUACAGAUAUUUGAGCUAGACAAGACUGUCUAUUGGGACGUUGACCUCAACGCAACCAUACAACAAUUACAUGAAAAAAUGGCUGAAGAUUUUGCUAAAGAUUUUGAGAUCUGGCCUGAAGAGGAGUCUGAUACAUCAAUGUCUGAGGUGGGCGAUGAGGAGGAAGAUGAAGAGGGCAGCUCCGAGGAUGAUGAUGAUCAGGCGUAGUUCAUUUGGCUGUGACAAUGUUUAACAUUGUACAAUUCAUAUGAUCGUGUUUUGUGUUUCCAAAUUCUUAGUGUAGGUUCUCUCCGAUUCUCGUCAUAAUUUUGUUCUAAGAUUAGUAAAGAUGAUCUGUAGUUCAUUGCUACAAACUGUAUGAACAAUUUCCAAAGACUUAAACAGUCAUAUUAAAAGCCAGGAAAUGACUCAACCAACAAAUGAGAGUAAUAUAUUAAUCAAGCAAUUGCUGCGAAACCAGAAUGCUAUUGCUUGAUUUUUCAGCAUCUC